AUGGUCACGAUGAAAACCAGUGCUAAGAGUGUGGUUCCUAAAACUACCAGGAAUCAGUUAAUCAAUCAAGAAAAUUAUGAAGAAGAGGACCAGACACAAAGGGCAAAAGGAAGAGAUACAGAUGCAGAAUAUAAUACACAGAACUUCAUAAAUGUUGCUAGACAAGAUGAUAUCUCACCUAGAAAGAUGGAGAAAGGUAAAUCAGCAGGAAGAGGGAAGAAAAACAACCAAGAGAGAAUACUGGGGUGCAUAUUCCAGGAGUCCAAACAAGGAGAACUCUAUCCAAAUCAAUCAAUUGAUGAUGAAUGCUCUAAUUUGGAAUAUAAGACUAGAACAGUUGAGCAAUAUAGAAGAAGGCUGGGUUUUGAGCAGGUGGUUGUGAAUGUUUCAAACAAAGUAUGGAUCUUCAUAGAUCAAAAAUAUGAUUUUGACAUUAUUUUUAACAUGGAGCAGCAAAUUACUUUAAAGAUGACCAACACUGAUGACCAUACAGAGUUCAUUAUUACCAUGGUCUAUGCUAAAUGUGAUGCAAGAGAAAGAAUUGAGUUGUGGGACACUUUGUAUUCCUUGGCUACUGAUAUGGUUUUACCCUGGCUUAUGGGUGGAGAUUUUAAUGUGAUAUGGGAUGAAGAAGAGAAAUUUGGGGGCCUCCCAGUUCAUAUAAAUGAGAUUGAUGAUUUUAGACAUUGUAUAACCACAUGCAACCUUUUUGAUCUUGGCUUCAAAGGAAGCAUAUUCACAUGGUGGAAUGGGAGAGCUGAGGAAGAUUGCAUAUUCAAAAGGCUAGACAGAUGUUUAGGCAACAUGGAGCUUCAACAACUUUGGCCAGUCUUGGAGAUAAAUCACAUAUCUAAGAUUGGCUCAGACCAUAGCCCAAUGCAUCUCACAUAUAAUCCUAGUACUGAUGAAGAACUGAAGAAAGCUCUUUCUACAUGGAGCAAGUCCAUGUUUGGUGAUAUAUUUCAAAGGAUAUCUAGCUUGGAGGAAGUGGUGAAGCAGCAGUUUCAUGAAUCCACAAUUCCUACUGACUUUAGGAUAUUGGAUCAUGUCCCAGUAAUGUUAAAUGAAGUGCAAAACUGUGAUCUUACAAUGAAACCAACAAUUGAGGAAGUGAAAAAGGUUGUAUUUGGUUUGAACGGGGACAGUGCAUGGGGACCUGAUGGAUUCAAUGGUAAUUUCUUUCAUGCUUGUUGGAAAAUCAUUGGGGGAGACAUAGUAGACAUGGUGCAGGAUUUUUUUUGUGGGAAGGAUCUACCCAAAUUUGUGACUCAUACAAAUUUGAUCCUACUACCUAAGAAGAAGGAUGUCCAGAACUUCUCGGAUUUAAGGCCAAUUAGCUUGAGUAAUUUCUCUAACAAAAUCAUAUCGAGGGUUAUUCAUGAGAGGAUAGUGGAUAUAAUUCCUAAUAUUAUAUCUGAUGAGCAAUCAGGGUUUGUAAAAGGUAGAAGUAUUGCUGAGAAUGUAUUACUCACUCAAGAAAUAAUCACUGACAUUAGAUUGAGGACAAAGGCAGGCCCUAAUAUAGUUCUAAAAUUGGACAUGAUGAAGGCAUAUGAUCGACUCUCCUGGAUUUUUCUAACAAAGAUCUUGAGGAAAAUGGGAUUCUCUAAAUGGUUUAUUGGAUUGAUUUUUGGGAUUGUAUCAAACAAUUGGUAUUCAGUUCUAGUUAAUGGCCAACCACAUGGUUUUUUCAAGUCAACCAGAGGGGUGAAGCAGGGUGACCCUCUGUCACCUACACUGUUUAUACUGGCUGCAGAGGCAAUGUCAAGGGGUCUAAAUGUUUUACAUCAUAAUCUAUACUUUUGUGGAUUUGAAAUGUCGAAGUGGAGCCCUAAGAUCAACCAUCUUGCUUAUGCAGAUGAUGCAAUCAUUUUCUCAUCAUCAGAUGAUACUUCUUUAAGAUUGAUUAUGGAAGUUCUAAAUGCUUACAAAGCAGCAUCUGGACAACUAAUCAACAAGGCAAAAUCUGUAGUUUAUGUUCACCAUUCUACAAGCGAUGAAGUUGGUAGGAAGAUUGAAGGAAUAACUAGUAUACAGAGAAAGGAUUUCCCAUUCAUCUAUUUGGGUUGUCCUAUUUUUUACAAAAAGAGAAAAAUGGAGUAUUAUGAAGAUUUGAUAUCAAAAGUGCUGGAUAAACUUCAAGCGUGGAAAGGGAAACUAUUAUCUAUCGGAGGAAGGGCAGUACUAAUCAGCAGUGUGUUGCAAACCAUGCCAAUUCAUCUACUUUCUGCAGUAAAUCCACCGGCCUAUGUUUUAAACAAACUGCAUAAUUUGUUUGCGAGAUUCUACUGGAGCAAUUCUAUUGAUGGUAGAGCUAGACAUUGGGUAUCUUGGGAUACUUUAUGCUUACCUAAACAUGAAGGAGGAGUGGGAUUUCGAUCCUUAAAUGAUAUGUCAAAUGCUCUCUUUUGCAAGCUAUGGUGGAACUUCAGGACUAAGCCAUCUUUAUGGAGCUCUUUUAUGAGUCAAAAAUAUUUGAAGAAUAUGCAUGCAACUGUUGUGCCUUGGAGAGGUGGAUCACACAUUUGGAGAAAAAUGUUGGAAUGCAGAGACUCUACUGAACAUCUGAUUUUCUGGAAACUAAAAAUGGGAUCUUCCCUAUUUUGGUUUGACAAUUGGACAGGCUUGGGGGCCCUUUACUUUGUAAUACCCCCGGAGUUUAUAGUUGAUAAAACAAUCCAUAAUGUGAAUGAUGUUGUUGUGGAAGGGCAGUGGGAUGAACAUAAAAUUAGAGAAAUAUUGCCAGGUGACUUAGCUAUGCACAUUAUGCACACCAUACAAGCUCUAUCGAUGAAUGAUGAACUGGACAAACCUAUUUGGUGUUUGGAAACAAGAGGUCAAUUCACGGUUAAGUCAGCUUGGGAAUAUUUGAGGAGAAGGAAAGAUCCAGCUAUUACAUACGACAACAUGUGGGUUAAAGGAUUGCCUUUUAAGAUCUCAUUUUUUAUGUGA